AUGCAUGCCCUCGACGGGCAAAAGGGAGAAGCGGGGGAUGGCGCAGGUGAAAUCGGAGGCGUUUUGCCACGGCCCUCCACCCCGGCCCCGAGGCUGGCGCGCGAUCAAUAUCUGCCGCUACGCGACUCGCCCAAUGAGAACCCGAGUCUUGAAUUGGCCCUCAACCCGGGUGAUAUGAUCUUGGUAAAAGGCGAGAUGGAUGACGAUGGUUUUUACAGAGACCAAGAAGCUCCCACAUCAUGUGCCACAGAUCCGUUAUUAGCAGAUUUUCGAUCACACGAGCCCUAUGGACCAGGUGGUGGUGUGCCCGACUCGGUUUGUCCCUAUCCCUCCAUUGACGUAUCAGCUGUCACAGUACAAGAAAUUAAAAAUGAUACACCAAGAGUGCCCUGCCCCCGAGAAAUCACGAUAGAGAAGAAGUUGUCAAGAUCGCUCGUGAUAGCAUGGUCUCCACCUGAAGAAUCGUUUGUUGUUGUUUCCCAGUAUCACGUAUGCGUCGACAGCCAAGUGAGAGCGGUGGUGCCAGGCUCCUACAAAUGCCGGGCAUUAAUCGAAGAUGUUUGUCUAAACGGUUCGGUGAAUGUUUCGGUGAGGGCUGUCACUGAACAGGGCCAUUCUCCGGAUGCAGCUUGCUCGAUAGCUGUCGGAACAGAAGCCGCCGUCGCGCCUCAACAUCUUCGCGUGUGGGCCGUCACGCCGGUUUCUGCCUGCGUCCGAUGGUAUCCCAGCAAUUCCAACGCCGAGCACGUGGUCUCCCUAAACGCAAUUAAGGUCGGCGUCUGCCCGCCCAGUGUGUAUCAGGUGCAACUGUGUGGCCUUCAACCUUCAACCAUCUAUCGAGUCUCCGUCCGGACAAAGCAUCCUAAAGCCGUGCUCGAACAGCGUCCCGUCGAACGUUGCUUGGAUUUCAAGACCCUUCCAAAAAUUGGUCUACCUGAUCCUCCAGUGAACGUCUGCUGUGAGCCAGGGCCUCAACCUGGUACAUUGCUCGUCUCCUGGUCGCCCGUUCACUCCCAGCCCAAGCCACCAUCUCGUGCCGCUGUCCAAGCCUACCUCAUCUACGCCGACGGCAAAAACAUUGCCCAAGUUCCCUCAGCCACCGCCGAUCACGUCCUACUCCGAUUGGCCGAUCUAUCCGACGACCCGCCAAUUUUUAUCACCGUGCGAACAAAAACGCGAGAGGGAGCGGUCAGCGGUGAUUCAAACGUAGCUCGAGUGCCCAGAGUCAGCCAAAUACAGGGCAUCGCACCUCCAUUCUCGGAUCCGCUUCGUGGAACGGCACCUCAAAACGAUCUUCUCAAGCUCCAAGACCCCUUGGAGUCUGUCCAAAUGGCUCAAUCGUACCCGUCUUCUUCAUUUCCUGUGAUUCAGCAUCAGUCUUCACUUCCCAAUCAAAUGUCUGGAUAUGCCCAUAUGGGAACAUUGACGCGACAACCGGCGAUGGCGCCAUGCUCAGCACCAGUCUCAUUACAAGCAUCCCUAGUCGCAUCGCAGCCUGUUUUGUCAUCGAUGGCCCCAGCCCUUUCAUUUGCUCAGUCGCAGAUUCCGCACUUUCACUCCGUCAAUCCCUAUCAACAGACACCAUAUGUACAGGGCUACGCGCCGCCGAUGGCUGUGGGUCGUGUACUACCACCAGCCACUUCCGAAGGCAUCUCCCCACAUCAGUGGAAAGCAGCAGCGAUGAGCCAGUACUACACAUUUCAUCCGCGCUUGAUGAGAGGAGAUGGAGCGCAGGAAGAUGCGCGGCCGAGUGUUAUGGAAAUGGAAUCGAAUUAUUUGUUGCGACAUCGACAGGGCGACUACACACCUCGCUCGGCAGUAUAUCCCAGCAGACAGAUGAGCGCCGAUGGGCGAACACACAGAUUGAUCCCUCCACGGCUGGCCCGGGUAAAAAGCGAAAGCGGUUUUGGCACAAGAAGCGAGCCAGACCUCCGACCGAUGCUUGAUGAAGAUUGCAGAUGGUUUGUCGCCCUCUUCGACUACGAUCACCAUAUGUCGCCCAAUCCAAAUGCAGAGAAUGAAGAGCUCUCCUUCCGGAAACACCAGCUAAUAAAAGUCUAUGGUGAGGUAGAUCCGGAUGGCUUCUACACGGGCCAAAUCGGCGGAAGAACAGGGCUAAUUCCUUCAAAUAUGGUCAUCGAGAUUGCCAAAGAUGAACUAUUGCCAAGGAGAAUGAGAGCCGAAGCUAUGAUCAUGCUGGCGAUCGACGUGUUCCAUUGGGGUACAGCAGAGCUGAAGCUUCGCAACAGUAUUCCAGCUUGGACCGAAGGGAUCAUUCGUUGCCACCUCGAGACAGAUACCGACGAGCAUCCGGGAGAACAGAUUAUGGGGGUCGGUAUGAGGGACGUUAUCGAGAUCGCGAGCGAGAAGACUGGAAGGACCGAGAAUUCCGGGACUCGCGAGACACAGAACGAUAUCGAGCUGAUCUGGAAAGGGAUGAACAUCGUGACAAGUAUAGGAGUCGAGAUUACUAUGAACGCAGAGAUGAGCGAUACCCAGAAGAUAGAGAGCGAAGACGUUACCCCCACGAUCAUCAUUCUCACCAUAACGGCUAUCAAGAUGACUAUCCAAGACGGAGAAGAUCGUGGAUAUUAUGGCAACGAGCCAGGCCCAAGCACCGGAUAUCCAAUGCCGGCUUCUCAUCCGCAGCAGCUCCCACAGCAACAACAAAUGGGACAGCAACAACAACAACAACAACAACAACAGCAGCAGCUGGGCGGACGACCGUUGGCCGAGAUAGCCUCUGCUCCUCAAAUGGGUCCCCAGGCAGGGAUGAUCGGUCAAAUGAGCGGCAACAUACAACCUGGAUCAGCAAUGACUUCCCAAAUGGCACCCACACAUCCACCACCUUUGAUGAAUCAGGGGUCCGCUGCGCAACUUGUCCAACCGAUGCAACAAAUGAACCUUGGUGGGCAACCGUCGGGUAUUGACUCGUUACCACAACAAGCUCCCUUCGACCCGACCCGUCUAAACGGAAUGCCCACCCGAAAAAUGGUCGCCAAAUUCGAUUAUGAUUCAAGGCAAUUGAGCCCAAAUGUCGACGCUGAACAGGUUGAGCUGUCGUUCCGGCAAGGUGAUAUCAUUGUCGUCUAUGGCGAUAUGGACGAGGAUGGGUUUUAUAUGGGAGAGCUGAAUGGCCAGCGUGGUCUUGUGCCCAGUAACUUCUUACAAGGCAGCCCGCUGAACUCGUUGGCCCCGUCGCAGCCCACCGAUCCGAUGGUGAUGAAGAAAGGUGUAGCUUUCUCUGAUGCCGCGUCGGUUGUUGCGAUGGCCAAAAAAUCACUGCCAAAUCGGCCGCUGAAUCAACAGGGCAGCGGCGGAGCCACAGCUACGGUAUCCGCGGGGAAACCAGUGCAGAAGAAGAGCACAGCUUCGGCCCCUGGUGGUACAAAGCCGCUUGCCAAAAAGUCUUCCGACGUUUCCGGCGGGAAAUCAGCCGCACCCGCCCGGAAAACGAGUACGGCCGUCAAAAAAGAUGCGCCAAAGGACCAAGUCGAAAUGUAUGUGGCUAGUUUGGAUCCUGACUACGAUGGUGAAAACGGGCCCUCGGAUACGUUGGACCCUGAAUCGGCGUAUGAGGAGCUGGAUCUCGGCUCGUAUGCGACGACGUUGGGCGGUGUUGUGCACGUCUCUUCGAUUGAUCACGAUCCACACAGCGAGCAUGACAAUGGCGGCUACCACGAGAAUGGCUCAGUACACGAGGAGGAUCACGUGAAGUCACGGCACGGUAGCGCCGAGGCAGCUCCCCUCAGCCCCGUUAUCAAAAAGACGACUGUUGCACAAAAGGUGUCAAGACAACUCUCCACCGAUACAAGCUCGGUGGGCCCACCACGCGACCAGGAGAAGAACGUUUCCCCCGCCCCCGCAAUAGCACCACCAACCCCAGUGUUGCCAUAUAAUUCGGUUGCCGCCUCUGGACUACGAUCAACGCCACCCGUUUCUAAUACUGCCGGAAUAUCACCAAAAUCGCAAAGCAGUAAGCCGCCCGCGUUGAGCACCGUUGCCCCACCGGCCAAUUUGGAGCCUCCCGUCCCAUCACCCGUUUUAACAGCACCACGGGAACAGCUGCCAAAACCUGCAGAAACGUCUCCGCAAAAAGUUCAGCAGCCGGAAGACACAGCGCCAGCACCCGACUUGAAGCUCAGCCAGGCUGAGUUGACGAUGAAAACGUUGACACAACCAUUUGCCAAUAUCGAAAUAACUUCUAGUAAUAACACUGCUGGACAUGUUGAUGCACUUUUAUCGAAUACGGAACUGCAACCAACCCCACCGCAUUUGACAUCCGCGGAUUUGGCCAUGCAUAAUAAUGUCAUGCAUCAUACUGGGCUGCACCAUAACGAGACGUUACGGCAUAUGCUUCAAAAAUCGCAGAACAACUUGAAGCCUCGGAGUGGCGAGCCGCAAACGGCUUUAAUACCGCCGUGGCUUGGUGCUUCUCCUCUCGGUCGAGCACCACAUUCAAUCGAUCUCGACGCACAACAACAUGCUGUAGAUAUGGUCAUGGUUCGCUGUCCACCACCGUUCGACUCUGAAAAACCGAGAUCCUACCUGCCUAAAAUGCCAAUGACAACCAGUGCUUGUUAUCCACAAUCAUCACCACCAGCUUCCGACACCGUUGAAUACUAUCUACGACUCACACCGGAAUCGCUGUUCUUUACUUUUUAUUAUAUGGAGGGCUCUCGAGCGCAAUUGCUGGCUGCGAAAGCAUUGAAGCGCCUUUCCUGGCGUUUCCACACAAAAUAUCUGAUGUGGUUCCAAAGGCAUGACGAGCCGAAAGCUAUCACCGAUGAUUAUGAACAGGGUACCUACCUCUAUUUCGAUUACGAGAAAUGGGCCCAACGGAAGAAAGAAUCUUUCAUGUUCGAGUACAAGUACUUGGAAGACAAGGAUUUCGAC